GGCCACAGGUGUGAGCCCCGGGAUGACCGCGCUGCAAGUCCGGCCGCGCGUGGGAGGACAAGGGGCUUAGCUGCUGGCUGCAGGGAAGAGGAGUGGUGGCCCCCUCGGGCGUGGGGGGGGAAAUGACUCCACAACUUGUAAAAUUUAGUUUCUCGACUUGUUAACAUUUGUAAUAAAUCAAGAACCAAGAGAACCACAACUUAGCUGCAUUAGGAAAGGAACCACGUCCUCACUACAAACGGCCUGGCCUCGGAAAAGCUGUAUUGCGUUCAUUCAUUGAUUCAUUCAACAGAUGCUGUCGAGAGCCAGCUGUGUGCUAGGAGUGAAAUGGCCUCAAUCUUGCGAAGCCCUCAGGCUCUCCAGCUCACUCUAGCCUUGAUCAAGCCUGAUGCAGUUGCUCACCCACUGAUUCUGGAGGCUGUUCAUCAGCAGAUUCUGAGCAACAAGUUCCUUAUUGUACGAAUGAGAGAACUCCUGUGGAGAAAAGAAGAUUGCCAGAGGUUUUAUCAAGAGCAUGAAGGGCGUUUUUUCUAUCAGCGGCUGGUGGAGUUCAUGGCCAGUGGGCCAAUCCGAGCCUAUAUCCUCGCCCACAAGGAUGCCAUUCAGCUCUGGCGAACACUGAUGGGACCUACCAGAGUGUUUCGAGCACGCCACAUGGCCCCAGAUUCAAUUCGUGGGAGUUUCGGCCUCACUGACACCCGCAACACCACCCAUGGCUCAGACUCUGUGGUUUCAGCCAGCAGAGAGAUUGCAGCUUUCUUCCCUGACUUCAGUGAACAGCGCUGGUAUGAGGAAGAAGAGCCCCAGUUGCGCUGUGGCCCUGUGCAGUAUAGUCCAGAGGGAGGUGUCCAUCGGGCAGCUGGAACAGGAGACCCAGGACCAGCCUGAUGCAGGCCUGUCAGUCUAUGAAGACCAGUUGCAAUGCCCAGACUUUUCUACUAGACCUCUGAUCCAAAGCAUUCUCCUAGGACCAGGAAAGCCUGGGGCUCAUGGUACCAUCUCUGCUGAGCACUAUGUGCCUGAGAGCCUAGCUCUUCUCUACAUAUCCUCCAGAAUCUAGCAUCUAUCUACCUCUUCUCUGGAAUGUUGAUGGUAGUUCAGAAGGGCAAUGACUCCUCUUUUUGCUAAGAAUUCUUCAUCCUUCUUCAAGGAGAGCUUGCCUAAUUGACAUGCCUGAAAAAUGAAGUGACUCUAUAUAAACAACAUUUAGCCAAUCUUUCUCAAUAAAAAUUUGUGUUCUACUGAA